AUGUCUUUGAACUCUUCAAUAUUGUGUCCGAAUCAAGCAAAUUUGCGGGCCUGGCCUAGUCCAUCUGACUGCCUUGCCUGUCGAGUUAUCGAAGAAUAUUGGAAAGCGCAAAAUGACGAAUCGAAUAAGCUAUUUUGUAUUGACUGUGCAAUGCAAGAAACUUUAUGGGUAUGCCUGACAUGUGGAUUCGUUGGCUGUGGUCGAUAUUCGAACAAGCACGCAGCAAUCCAUUUCACGGAUACGGGCCAUCCAUUUUCAUUGGAAUUGGCAACGCUUCGAAUUUGGAGCUAUACCGAUGGUGAAUUCGCACAUCGCGUUGACCUGCUGGACUGUCCCUCCUCGCCGCCACGUUGUCGGCCAUGGACGCGGCGAUCUCCAUCACCGGCUGGAGGGACAUCAAACGUUGUGGCAUACAACAAUGAAAUUUACAAUCAACAAGACAAGCAUUCAAAAAAAGCCGUAAUGCUUGGUGAGGAAUACGAGGCCCUCUUGCAAAGUGCACUCGAGGAGCAAGCACAACACUACGAAGGUGAAAUAAGCAGACUAAGAGCAGUCCUUACUGCAAAAGAGGUUGAUCUGGACGCGAUGACGCACGCAGAAAUGGAACAAACCGAAUCCUUGCGGCAGGAGAUUUUAAAGCUUCGAUUAGCAACCGAUUGUACAGGUCGAGAUCUCGUAGACUUCCAAGGCCAGGAGGCCGACCAUAGGGCAACUUCCCAGCGCUUGCUCCGCGAGCAACAAAUUACCAAGAACCUCCUGCGACAAAUAGAAGAAGAACUCGCGAGUAAGAACCAGUACGGUAGAAUCCAGAUAGAGGAGCUCGAGCAGCAAAUUGCAGAUCUUACUGCAAACCAAAGAAUGAUGCACCAAUUCUCGCAAGAUGGGGAGCUGGCAAAUUCACAGAUCUGGGGCACUUCGGGCGAAACGCACAGUAGGCACAAAACUCCCAAAAAGGGCAAAAAGAUGCGACGCUAUUUUCGAAAAUAG